AUGGCUUCUCCUUAUGUUGCGAGCGGAUCCUUAACGCAAGAAGAUCUUCACAGGAUGUUGUCACCGAGAUUAGCUAAGUUAUCAGCAGAGCGAGAUAGGGACCAGAAUUCUCUUCGGAGUAGGUGCGCUUCCGGUGCUAGCUCGAAUGCAGAAGACGUGGAGAGUUACGACGUUAGGAAUCGUUCCUUACCGGAUCAGUUCAGAGACCUAGUCCGAGAACUCAGCGACUAUCUUUUGGAUAGUACGUUUUUGGACUGUAUUUUUGAUGUGCAUCGCGAAGCUGCGAUAUUACAUCGACAUGGACUGCAGAUCGAUAGCCCUCCUCCAACACCAAGUCACGAGAGUUCACCGCAAUCAAGCUCGGAUACGCCUCGGUCAAGGCCACCGGAAUCUAAUACGCCGAUCACGGUGAAAUGUCGUGUCUGUGGACGAAUGGUUGGUGCUAAAGUGUUCGAAAAACACAUUAUCAACUGCAGGAAGUUGGACGGCAGUCGAAGCAGUUCAAGAGCAGCAGCUAAGAAGAUCGCCGAACAGGAACUAAUUGCUGAGAGUACUUUCAACGAUGAUGAUUUCAUCAGUCCGUUGCCGGUUCCAACAUCUUCCGGUGAUGAUGAAGACUGGAAUGCUCCUAGGAAGAGAAGGCGAACAAGAAAGCGGAAGUUGUAA